UUUACAAUUGCGUGACGUCACCACCGCCCCUCACAUCUUUGUCAGUGAACAAAAUGGCAACCUACUGUCUCACAGUUGCCCGGCUACAGUUGGCCCUGGGCCAUGGCGUGCGCCGGCUGCAUGUGUCAGCGGCCUACAGAGCCAAGGCCAAAGUGGCUAUGAGUCGCUUUGAGCCCACUUCCUUUGUUGGUUACGAGAAGCUCCAGUCCAAUGUUGACAUCGUGCGAAAAAGGCUCAACAGGCCCCUCACCCUGUCAGAAAAGAUUGUCUAUGGCCAUCUGGACGACCCCCACAACCAGGAUAUCGAUCGCGGCCGCACCUACCUGCGCCUGCGUCCCGACCGUGUGGCUAUGCAGGACGCCACAGCCCAGAUGGCAAUGUUGCAGUUCAUCAGCAGCGGCCUGCCGAGGGUGGCUGUGCCCUCCACUAUUCACUGUGAUCACCUGAUCGAGGCCCAGAUUGGAGGAGAAGAGGACUUAGCCAGAGCCAAGGAAGUGAACCAGGAGGUUUACAACUUCCUGUCCAGUGCUGGGGCUAAGUAUGGAGUUGGCUUCUGGAAACCUGGCUCUGGAAUCAUCCAUCAGAUCAUCUUGGAGAACUAUGCCUACCCAGGAGUGAUGCUCAUUGGCACAGACUCUCACACACCAAACGGUGGUGGGCUUGGUGCCAUCUGCAUCGGAGUUGGUGGAGCGGAUGCAGUUGACGUCAUGGCAGGAAUUCCCUGGGAGCUCAAGUGUCCCAAGGUGAUCGGUGUGAAGCUGACUGGCAGUCUGUCCGGCUGGACGUCCCCUAAGGAUGUCAUUUUGAAAGUGGCAGGCAUUCUGACAGUGAAGGGAGGAACUGGAGCCAUUGUAGAGUACCACGGCCCAGGAGUGGACUCCAUCUCCUGCACUGGAAUGGCCACCAUUUGCAACAUGGGAGCAGAGAUCGGAGCCACAACCUCCGUGUUUCCUUACAAUCACCGCAUGAGGACCUACCUGGAGAAAACUGGGCGUGGAGAGAUCGCAGUGCUGGCUGAUGAAUACAAAGACCUGCUGGUGCCAGACGAAGGCUGCGAGUAUGACCAAGUUAUUGAGCUCAAUCUGGACGAGCUGAAGCCCCACAUUAAUGGUCCUUUCACCCCUGACCUGGCUCACCCAGUGUCUGAAGUUGGUGCCGUGGCCGAAAAGAAUGGCUGGCCGCUGGAGGUCAAAGUUGGUUUGAUUGGCAGCUGUACCAACUCCAGCUACGAGGACAUGGGCCGCGCCGCCUCACUGGCCAAACAGGCUCUGGACAAAGGCCUGAAGUGCAAAGCUCAGUUCACCGUCACCCCCGGGUCGGAGCAGAUCCGCGCCACCAUCGAACGGGACGGCUACUCAAAUAUCCUCAGAGCUGUUGGAGGUGUGGUCCUCGCAAAUGCUUGUGGACCGUGCAUUGGCCAGUGGGACAGGCGCGAUGUGAAGAAGGGAGAGAAGAACACGAUCGUCACGUCCUUCAACAGGAACUUCACUGCCAGAAAUGACGCUAACCCCGCAACACAUGCCUUUGUUACAUCCCCCGAGAUUGUCACUGCCCUCGCCAUAGCCGGCUCGUUAAGCUUCAACCCUGAGAAGGAUUACCUCACAGCCUCCAACGGAGAGAAGUUCAAGCUGGAGCCUCCCAACGGAGAUGAGCUGCCAGCCAGGGACUUUGACCCAGGCCAGGACACCUACCAGCACCCGCCCCCCGAUGGCAUCAAACUCAAGGUGGACGUCAGUCCUCAAAGCAACCGCCUUCAGCUGCUGGAGCCCUUUGACCGGUGGAGCGGAAAUGACCUGGAAGACUUGCGGGUCCUCAUCAAGGUGAAGGGAAAAUGCACCACAGACCACAUCAGCGCCGCGGGCCCCUGGCUGAAGUUCCGCGGCCACCUGGACAACAUCUCCAACAACAUGCUGAUCGGCGCGGUCAACAGCGAGAAUGACGCCAUCAACAAGAUCAAGAACUAUCUCACAGGGGACUACGGCGGAGUCCCAGAUGUGGCACGCCACUACAAGGCCAACGGCAUUUCGUGGGUGGUGGUUGGAGAUGACAACUACGGUGAGGGCUCCAGCAGAGAGCACGCGGCUCUGGAGCCCAGACAUCUAGGUGGAAGAGCCAUCAUCGUCAAGAGCUUUGCCAGAAUCCACGAAACAAACCUGAAGAAGCAGGGUGUGCUACCCCUGACAUUCAGCCAACCAUCAGACUACGACAAGAUCCGCCCAGACGACAAGAUUUCCAUCAGAGGACUUCAAACAUUCAGUCCCGGAAAGCCUCUGACUGCAGUGGUGAAGCACAGUGACGGCAGCGAGGAGACGCUGGAGCUCAACCACAGCUUCAACGAGACACAGAUCGACUGGUUCAAGGCCGGCUCCGCCCUCAACAGGAUGAAGGAGCUGCAGCACUGAGCACAGGACGGGGCGAACGUGACGGGGCGGUGAGGGUCGCGGGGGAGAAGCUGGUUAGAGAUUGUUAACAGUCGUUUCAUCACCUGGGUUAGCUCGCCAGUUUGACUGAAGUAACGUGUCGGUAUACCUCUGGGAAUGAAGCGUAGAUCAAAGUAGGCUUACUUCCAAUUGCCGAGCUAAUGUCGGUGAUGGCACAACAGCACCUGGUCUGAGGUCCGAUUUUUGGGUAAAACUUGAUUCAUUAUCACGCCGUAUCUGUGAAAGUUCUGUCGCGCCGCCAUGUUUCAGUCCAGCGGUCACGGUCCAUCGUGGUGGAGACGCACACAAACAAGCAGAAUUUGACACUGACCUAAUGGUCACAUAGUACGCUGCCAGCUGGCACGCUUGGUUGUUAAAAAAUAAAAAAAUAAAAAAUUGUUUGUUCACCCAGCUGUUCAAACCUCUCAGAACAGAGGCCACUUCCCACAAGUCUGGCCUUGAUUUUUGUUGGUUUUUAAGGAUUACGUUGACCGCUGCAUGGCAUUAAAAACAGCUUCCAUAAGACACUCCUUCCCUUUUCCAUAUUGCCAUUUACAGAUAACUGCUGCCUUUAAAAAGAAAAUCUUUGGGUCCAUUUAGAGAAGCUGCAUUGGCAAAGAUCUAAAAAUAAACAUAGCUUCUGUUUCAUUCACUCACACCAAAGGUUAUGUUGCCCCCUGGUGGACACUGGGAGACCUGGUACCGUCAAAGAAUUGUUGAAAUAGUUCAGCCAGCUCAUUUGCGGGUUUAACUAUAUAUUAGAUUACUGUAUAUUUAACAGUCUGAAGCCAUUAGGGGUCACUUUUGUAUCCAUUUUCUGUAUUAAAGUCUGUUCUAUCUUUACACAGCGUCGGUGUUACAAUGGUGACAGACACAGUGGCACACAAAUACACAUGCUUUAACACUUAUGGAUACAUAAACUCAACCUCUUCUUCCCCGCUGCUUUCACGCCCACCAUUCUUAAAGGGACUCUCCUGAUCUGUCCUCACCUCCUUACAAGAUCAAGCACAUCAUCCAGUAUGUUUUCUUUCCUCUUAUUUAUUUAUAUUCUUGUUUCUGUUUUGUUUUCCGCGGCAGGGCGAAACCCUGCGUACAUUUCAGGCAAAGCUUUUUCACUUUCUCAGACACAGGGUAAGCUUCCAUCCUGAAUAAUGAAUGCCCGGUUUAUAGGGUAUUGUGCCACUUUUGUGUGAUUUUCGAACCCUAAAAAAAUCCAACAUUUUACACGAGAGGGUCUGUAUAUUAAUGUUAAGAGCAGAAGAAAAAUGGAAGUUGAUGUACACCUCUUGCUUUAUCGAAGCAACCAGGCCCUUUCAUAAGUAAACCCAUAUGUUGUGUCUGCUGGUAAUUGUCCGGUUGGUUAAAACUCCCUGCAAAUCGUACAAAGACUAAAACCAUCCGCUUCCUGUAAGACCACUCUAUGUAUAGAGUCUGGCUCUAUGUGCAUACAAGUGUUUGUUUUCUCCCAGAUGAUCUUUACUGUAUCAAGGAACUACCGAUGGGUUGUAAAAUAAUAAUAAAAGAAAUCACAAAUCUCAAUUCCUUUACACUUUGCUGUGGAUGUUCAUAAAGGAAAAAAAAAGUAAGUCACA